CACUCUAUGGAACAUUUCUACUAGGAAUGCGUGUGCAUCGAUACCUUACUGUUGUACGGCCCCAGAGGCAGGCGGAGCAACUAAAGAUGAUUGAAGAGGAAGGCCUUGAUAAAGCUAAAACCAUAACAACAUAGAAUUAUCUUUAAAUAAGUUUAUAAAAUGCUAAUAGUUGUAUUUGUUAAAUAAAUGUUGUAAAGAGUUAUUCCAGUCCCAAAAACCAUAUCAUUGACAGAUAUAGUGCUGAUAAAUAUUUGACAAUAGUAUUCGGGUUUUGAUGAUGUAAUAACCCGGUUAAUUCUAAAUGCGUGCAGAAAUUCAAUUACUAAAUAAUUCUUCAUCAGACAAAUAAAUCUCCUUUACUUAUCAUUAAAUUGAUUGUAAUAAGGGGUCUAAAUAGUUUUAAAUGUUUAAAAACAUUCGAUUCGAAAAACGUUGCUUAAUGUAAUAGAUUAGAUCAGCAGCCAACACUGUAUUCAGCAAAAAUUUGACAGCUUAGGUUUCCUUUGUGCCUGACAUUCGCACUUUGACAUUUGUCACUUUCUGCUUGAUUCGUUCACAAGGUUCUUUUUCGCUGCUGUCCACUUUUUACUUUCUUUCGCAUUUCAUUGACGCAUAAAUUGGCAUCGUUGCGAAAAUGUCGGGCUUAAAUUUAACCGUACGUGUGCAUCCUGUGGUGCUUUUCCAAGUUGUGGACGCUUAUGAGCGUCGCAAUGCAGACUCACAUCGUGUUAUUGGCACAUUACUUGGUUCCGUAGAUAAGGGCGUCGUUGAGGUCACAAAUUGUUUCUGUGUGCCACACAAGGAACACGACGAUCAAGUAGAGGCUGAGCUUAGUUAUGCAUUAGAUUUGUAUGAUCUAAACCGCAAAGUGAAUCCCAAUGAAAAUGUAGUCGGUUGGUGGGCCACUGGCAAUGAAGUCACCAACCACAGCUCGGUAAUACACGAAUAUUAUGCGCGCGAGUGUAACAAUCCAGUACAUUUGACAGUCGAUACAUCGUUACAAGGCGGUCGUAUGGGUUUGCGCGCUUAUGUUUGUAUACAACUGGGUGUACCCGGUGGCAAAACAGGUUGCAUGUUCACACCCAUACCCGUUGAAGUGACCUGCUACGAACCAGAAACUUUUGGUUUAAAACUGUUGCAGAAAACCGUUGGUGUAGCACCACCACAUCGCCCAAAAACUGUCUCACCAAUGCUGGACUUGGCACAAAUCUCUGAGGCAUCCAACAAAUUGCAGGGCUUACUCGAACUCAUUCUCAAGUAUGUAGAGGAUGUCAUUGCACAUAAGCAACCGCCAGAUAAUGCUGUGGGACGUCAGUUGCUCGACCUCAUAAAUUCCGUUCCACACAUGUCACACGAACAAUUCACACAGAUGUUCAACGCCAACGUACGUGACCUGUUAAUGGUUAUUACAUUGUCACAAUUGAUCAAAACACAAUUACAAUUGAACGAGAAAUUGACUUUCCUGCCAACAAAUUAAAUGUAAACAAAACAUCAAUUAAAAAUAGUUUUAAAUUUGUAAUCACAUAAUUUUGGUCGCGGCAGAGAGUAAAGGAAAGUAAGUGCGCGCAGAAAUAAAGCAAAGGUUUAACAAUGAUGGA